UGCAUAUGUUUUCGUAUCGUGACAAUCGUAUAAUGAGCAUCUUUUCAAGUUUACUUGAAUUUUUUUUAAUUCAAUUCAACAAUAUAUAAACAAACAUUGAUGAUUAUGGCAUCAACAUCAACACAAUUGAAUAAAUCGAUAUCAGAAGAAGUGGACAAUCGAAAUUUAGAGGAAAAUCUCGAACAAAAUUUAUCCAUUCAAACAAGUGAACAAUCGACAAAAUUGGAAUCUCUGGACGUAACUGAAAAUGAUUAUACAACUGUUGACCAUGACCACAAAACUCUCCAUGAUUCACUACCGGCCAAAUCACAUCCCAUCCAAAAUCAAUCAUUUUCAUCAACAAGAGCAGAAGAUUCUUCUUCAUCGUCAUCAUCAACAUCAACAUCAUCAUCAUCAGCAACGACGACGGGUUCAUUAUGUUCAUUAGGACAGCAGCAGCCUACAGCAUCAUCUCAUCGAUCGCUUUCAACAUCGCCUUUACAUCAGAAUAGCGAAUCAAUAAAAUCGACAAAUGUCCCAAUAAAUGAUUUAGUGAUCAAUCAAUCAUCACAUACGAUUCCAGCACCAUCGACAAGUGGUCGUAAGAACACAAUGGCCUGUGAAAUGUGCAAUAAUUAUGAAAUUCAGCUACAAGAUAUUCAAUAUCGUGAAGCUGUUUUAAAUUUAAAGAUAGGACAAUAUGAUAAAACAAUAAAACAAUUGAAAGAAGAUCUUAAAAAAGAGCAGACAUUUCGUGGAGAAUUGGAAGAAAAAUAUGUAGAUGAAUCGAAACGUUUCGAAACGGAUAUUAAAGUUUUAAGUUCACAAGUAGAUGAAGGUCGAUCUAAUGUGGAAAAAAUGACUAUAAAAUUCAAUAAAAUGGAAAAAAAAGCCAACGAUCUUGUGUCUGAUCUGAUAAGUCAGAUUGAAGCAUUGAAAAAAGAAAUACAACGUUUAGCAUUAGAUAAUGAAAAACUAUUAGGUCGUCAUUUGAAAAAAUCUCAGGAAAUGUCAUCGGAAUCAAUUUCAUUGCCUGGAGAUCUAGAAUCAUUACAAUUUUAUUGCCUACAAUUACGUGAAAAUCUUAUUCAAGCCCUUUAUAAUCGUGAACAUUUAGAAGAAUCACUACGUUCGGAAAAUAUGUUUCUCAAAGAACAACUACUCGGUGAACAACAAUCUCGAGAAAAUAUUGAAGAAAAUUUUUCUCAUGAAAAUGAAAUUCUUACAUCCAAGGUACAUACAUUCGAAUCCGAACUGAAUGAUACUCUUAAACAGAAUGAAGAGAUGAAAGUGGAACUAGAAUUAGUGAAAAAUAAUUUCAAUGAUCUUUCAUUGACAUCAUCGAAUCGGAUCAAAGAGCUAGAGGAAAAAGUUGCUGAAUUGUCUACAAUCAAAACAAAAUCCGAAUCUGAUUUAGCCUCAUUACGUGCCAAGGUUCAAAGUUUACAAGUCGAUCUGGAUAAUUCUGAACAAGUACAACGUGAUUUUGUGAAAUUAUCACAAUCUUUACAGGUACAAUUGGAAAAAAUUCGUCAAGCCGAUACCGAAGUUCGUUGGCAACAUGAAGAAGAUGUAAAUGAAUGCAAUGGCUGUAAGAAGACUUUUCAUUCACGUAAAGAAAAGAUCAAUUGUUUGCAUUGUGGACGAAUAUUUUGUCUUGAAUGUUGUUCAAAAUUGAUUCGAAGUGGACCAAAGAUGCGUACGUAUAAAGUUUGCCAAGUGUGCCAUACAUUGUUGGAUAAUCAAACGGCCUGUUGGUUUGUUAACGAAGCGCCGCAAAGUCCAACGUAAAACGCCAUUCCAUCCUAUAUUGAUCAACCGAUGAAUCGAAUCAAAAUCUAUGGAGAAACAAAACACAUUUCGACAAUAACGAAAACUUGUGAUCACACCUAUUACCAUUACAUGCAUUCAAAACAAGUUUCUAAGUCAUCCAAUUAUUCUAUACUAUAGUUGUUUAUUUU